AUGGAAGGUUGGCGCAAUGUGAAAAUCGUGAUUGGUAGGCCAACUGACCUUCUUUCUGGUUGGCUGAGUUGCCCUAGUUACAGUCGAUAUUUCGACUGGCGACCAGCCGAUAGCGUGGCUGCAACAGACCGACUUUUGGACAGACGACUGAUGGCGAUCUACUGGCGCGAGGGUGUCGUCUUCGGCCUGGUUAAUCCACUCCUUGAUAUGGUGGUUCCUGUCGACAAGGCAUUCCUGACCAAAUAUCACCUGAAAACGGACGGAUUUACGUUGGCCGACCAUCGGUAUGCGGGUCUAUUUCAAUAUGUGGAACAGCAUCCCUUGCUAAAUUGUAUGCCGGGUGGAUCCGGGCAGAAUACAUUGACGAUGCUGCAAUGGUUGCUGACAGGACCUCCACGAGUCUGCACUCUGGCCGGAUGCAUUGGGAAUGACAAAGCUGGUGACCUGUUGUCAUCCGCACUCUCCAGCCUGGGCGUGCGUACUUGCUACCAGCGCGUGCCUCAGGCCGAUGUACCAACUGGCCGCUGCGCCGUCCUGGUCACGGAGACCUCGAGGUCAUUAGUCACGAUGGCCGGCGCAACGGCCCACUACACACUUGACUACCUCUGGACCGCGGAGGUGGAAAAGUGUGUUGCCGCGGCGGACUGCUUUUACGUCUCGGUAAGUCAUACCUUGUCCCAACUGACCCUUUCUAUGCUGCAGCUAGCCCAUCGGGCCAGGCAAACUGGCCAAAUGUUCGUGGUCAACUUGGGCGCCCCUCUUCUCAUCAUUGCCUACCACAAACUGGUCGAUGAGUUGUUGGCCUAUGCUGACGUGGUGAUUGGUAAUGCGGCUGAAGCGUGUGCCUAUGCUGACGAGUGUGAAGGCCGAGGUGAGAAGAGCGACACAAACGGUGCCUACAAGAGCAUUGAUGACAAGACGCACAUCAACAGCGGUGGACAGGACAAAUGCGGCAGCGACAGUCAUGGAGAUACAAGUAGUCGCCAUGACAAGGCUACUCCACACUCGGCAGCAUUACUGUUGGCUGAGCGAUUGCGCCGGCCGGGUCGUCAACGCAUCGUCCUUGUCACUCAGGGUGACCAGCCCAUCUUAGCGGUUAAGACGGACCAGAAUGGGGGUGUCGGUCAGGUGAGAGAGUUUCCUGUAGAGGCGGUGUCUCCCGAUCAGAUAGCCGAUACCUGCGGCUGUGGUGACGCUUUUGCGGCGGGUUUCCUGGCACAUUAUUUGCCGACUAAACGAACCUCGGCCUCGAUACGGAGCGGCAUUCAGGCGGCAGGUUACAUCAUUCGACGGCCCGGAUUCUCCUUAGGCGCCAGGACAGAGUUCCAAUUUAUUUGA